AUGGCUACAAGUAGCAUCCGAAGACUUCCCAUGCGGAUCAUGGACUCGCAGCAGUCAUUGGCACAAGACGAGAACACGAUGCCAACCGCUUCUUGUUCUGCUUCACCUUCCAAGGUGGCACACACGCGUUCCCCCUCCAAGAUACCCACGCUCAGUGACAUUGCUGCCCGUCUCAACCGAGACAGAGAGCUAUCCACACCUGCAUCUUCGCCCAUCAAGCAGAUCCUAGGUGGAAGCACCAGCAACGAUGCGACAAGACCGCGACUCGAGCUGACCGGAAGGAUCACGGCUUCGUCUAAGCCUGCUCAACAAGGCGAUCGUCAGAGCCCAAUGCUCCCGGCAUCGCCGUCAAAGAUGGCAGACGAGCAGAUGAUGCCCUCAUGCUUGUCGCCCAAGGCUCCUUCCUCGGGCGCAUGCUCCCCGACCAAGCCUAUCCUACCUAACGGGCUUCCAAGUCUCGAAGAGAUCCGAGACCGACUCUCACGGAAAGGUUUGGCUACCAGCAAUGACGAUACAAGUCCCAACAUGCAAUGCACACCCUCAUCACCCACCAAGCUUGCUGCCAGUCGUCUAGCCAAGUCACCUGAGAUCAGCUCGAACCUUGAAGCCAAGGUCGCCUUGUCGCCGAUGGUGCAGGAAAGCAAUCCAGCGACCAGUCGAGCGACCCCAGCACCAAGCAAGCCCACGCUAACACCAACAACCACGGGCAUGGUCGGUAGUCAGAAGUUGACCCACCCUCUCCCUGCUCCACCAGCCAAAGCGCCCACACAUCCACUUCAGCACGAAUGGACCCUCUACUUUGACUCUCGCUCUGCUGGACCCUCAACACCCGGCCUGCCACCUCCCUCUCCUUCUCUCCCAGCGCCACCCAAAGCAACCCUCAGCAGCUCCUCCUGGGAAGCCAAUCUUCGCACCAUCGGCGCUUACGCUAGCGUCGAAAGCUUCCUUGGAUGUUUCGCCAAGCUCCAUCGCCCAUCGCAGCUCGAACGACACUCGAGCUACCAUCUCUUCAAAGACGGAAUUAAGCCGAUGUGGGAAGAUCCACGGAACGCUAAGGGUGGCAAAUGGACCAUUACUUUCCGCCAGCGCUAUCCAGCUCUUGUUGAUCGAAGCUGGUUGUGGCUUGUCUUGGCCUUGAUUGGAGAAGGGAUGGAUGGAGAGGAUGAAACGUGCGGUGCUGUUUGUAGUGUCAGGCCAAGGGGCGAUCGAAUCUCGCUUUGGGUCAAAGAUAUGAGCAAUGUCGAAGCGGUCAAUAGGAUUGGAAAGAAGCUCAUUGCGUUGCUUGAGAUUACAAAGGAGCCAGGCAUCUUGCUCGAAUUCAGCUCUCAUUCCGCCAAGUACGAUGAUCUGAAACAGCAAGGCCUGUACUAUAGUGUCAAUAAUGCGGUGCAGCCGAUGGCUAGGACACCUACCAUCUGUACUUUCGGCGCUGCAGCAGGUCUGCCCAAUGCUGACGGAGCCAAGCUCGCAGCUGCUCACGCUAGCUUAAAUCUGAUGGCUACCAGCCCAACUUCGCCGAAUGAAUCUCAGCCUUUUGGUCGACUUGCUGGUCAGUCCAACGGCAACUCCUGCCCCAAUGUUGGAGCAAUGCUCGGCAGAUCACCGGGUAAUGCUGCUUCGGAUGCCAACUUUGGCGCUUUGGGUCAGUCGCUUGUUCCAGGGAUUGGAAUCAACACGCCGCCGUCUGGAAGUGUGUCGCCGAGCAUGGGUGCGGCGAGGAAGGAUGCUUUCCAGCGAUCCAUAUCGACUGCCAGCUGGAGGUCAGGUCGCAGCAGCACGAGUCCUCAGCGCCAAGGAAGCAUUGUUGCAGCUGACGCACUCGGUGCCAAGACUGACGAAGGAUCGCUGUCGAGAAGCGUCUCUCCUCUCAAAACCGACUAA